AUGUCGCAGAUUCCAUCUCACCCACCAUCACGCGGGCUCGACAGCAAGGUUGCUAUUGUGACAGGUGCAGGUUGUGCGGGUGAAGGCAUCGGAAAUGGUCGAGCUAUAUCGAUCAUGCUUGUAGAGGAGGGUUGUAAUGUUCUGUGUCUAGACAUGAACUUGGACUGGGCUCAAAAGACAGCGGAGAUGUCUAUGGCAAGAUCGCAGAGGGCGAAAGCAUUGGCCUUUAAGUCUGACGUCACAAAGGCGGCAGAUUGUAAAGCUGCUGUUGAGGCUGCCUUGAAAGAGUUUGGAAGACUGGACAUACUUGUGAACAACGUUGGAAUAGGAGGUGCAGCUGGUACUGCGGUCGAGGUCGACAUGGAAGCCUGGGCAAAGGGUCUCGAAAUCAACGUCAGCAGUAUGGUUCAGAUGGCCAAAUAUUGCAUACCGGCAAUGCAAAAGAACGAGAGAGAAAUCCGAGGCAGCAUUGUAAAUAUGGGCAGUGUCGCAGGGUUGAAGGGUGGUACGCCACAUUUGUUAUAUCCAACGAGCAAAGGCGCUGUGGUGAACAUGACGAGAGCUAUGGCCGCGCACCAUGCGUCAGACGGUAUUCGUGUCAACUGCGUCUGUCCUGGAAUGCUGUAUACCCCAAUGAUGUAUGCAGGUGGCAUGAGCGAAGAAGCCCGAGAAGCCCGGCGAAAGAGGAGCUUGUUGGGCACAGAAGGUAACGGGUGGGAUGCAGCAUGCGCUGUUACUUUCCUAGCAAGCGAUCACGCUAGGUGGAUUACUGGCGCAAUCCUCCCUGUUGAUGCUGGGUCUACAGCAGCGGUGGGAAUCGGCAUGCCGAAGAGCGCAAGUGUCAACGGGUGA